AUGCUAGUUGUUACUAAAUUAAAAAGCACUGAAAUUGGGCGGAUUGUAUUUUCUCUUUUGCUAGAUGCUGAAGCCGUUGAUGAAAUGAUGUCAACGAUGAGAUGUCAGAAAGGUGAGAACUACCUGCUGUACAGGAAAGAUUUGGUACCGCUGCGGUUUCACUAUGCGGGCUCAUCACGGAUAGGUGAAGUUGUAAUCGCAGGGCGUCCCGGUGUAUGUAUUUUCUUGUAA